GAUGCAACCGCGGGCAACACUUGAGCUCGCGCUCAUGAGAGAAAGAAAAUUUGCCACAUAUGCACAUUGACAUGGCACAGUCGGAUAACAACAACAUAAUGCUAACGGAUAAGCACAAGCGGUUGACCCGACUUUCAGGUGUUGCAGCAUUUUGCUGAAAUAAUGCGUUUUGCGUAAAGCAUCUGUUCAGGCACACGGCUGCAUUUUGUGGCAUCCAGCUUCACACAAUACCAGCCAACACCAACUCCAGCUCUGCGAAGCCCGACAACAUAGGUCGGAGAGGCUGAGAGAAAGACAGUGGAAGUGGAUCCAAAUGAACAAGCAGUUGCAACAGAAGAUAUCCAGCACAGAUCAGAACGGUGUCAGUGUUAUACAGAAUCAGCCUCAUAAUAGUGCAUUUAACCCCGCAGGAGCUGCAGGACUACAGCAGGUUCCUCAAUUAGUUCCAGUGAGUCCCGGAGGUGGGGGUAAGGCUACACCACCCAGCAAGAUGAAAAAGAAUAGUAUGGAUAAAGAUAGCGACGAGUACCGCCAACGGAGAGAACGCAACAACCUGGCUGUAAAGAAGAGCCGCAUGCGCAGCAAGCAGAAGGCGCAGGACACCCAACAGCGCGUCAAUGAGCUGAAGGAGGAGAACGAGAGACUGGAGGCCAAAAUCAAAUUGCUUAGCAAAGAACUGAGUGUGCUCAAAGACCUGUUUCUAGAGCAUGCUCACAAUCUCGCAGACAACCCUGCUUCUGGUGGAGGCCCCGGAGACAUCUGCAACAACAACAACAACAACAACAGCAGUAACGGCAGCCAGUGAGGGCCUGAUAUUGGUUUGCAAUGUGCUAUGCUGUGGCUGUGUGGAGGCUCUCUAGGCAAAUCAUUUUACUUAAUCGUAUUAUGCUUUCUUCCCCUCCUGGUCCUGGAAUGUGUACUGUCCGCAGUGCUUAACUUGUUAACUUCUGUUUGUACACUCAAAUUCAGUUUCUUUUUUCACUCGUAUUGUAUCUUGUGCAGAAUGUUAUGACAUUAUGGCCAUAGCAACCGCAGAAAGUCCAAACCACGCUCUGAUUUGAUGUGCUGGAGAUAACUUUUAUAACUGCCUUUCAAUUGUAAAGCACCAUGUUUCAGUGUCUUGAAACUUUGCAAUAUCUUAGAGGACUGUGAAAGCUUCUUGGUAGACAAUUUUGAAAUCCGGUCAAAGCUGGUCACAAAGAGUUGACUGUAAAUAAUAGUAAAUGUGUUCAAUCACUCCA